UUUGUCACACCCACCACCUCGGUACUUGAGUAACACACAGGGGAAACUGAGGCACACACCGUGUUCAGACGAAACAUUAAGAACAUUCCCACUUCUUCUCCCCCCAGGAAUGAGGAGGAGUCAUUGACAGUAACAGGGAACAAAUGUAUGCAGGAGUGAAGGAAACACUUCUCCACUCAGUGACGAACUCACUUCUACCGGGUCCCCUGUGGCCAGUAGCUGAACGGGAUCCAGGCAUUUCUCUAAAGCAGCUGGUUCUGGCCCUGCCAGAGACGGGAGCCAGGUGGGCUGGGACACGGGCUGAACCCAGCUGGCAGUUCCAGUCAGAAAACCAGUGUCCCAGCACCCACAACGUGACCCCCGCAUGGCACCUUCGUGGCUUUAGCACCCAGUUCCCUUCCCAAGAAAGCCCCCGCAGCACCACAGCUUUGUGUGCACAGAGAUACCAUGCAGUCUUCCCCGACUAACCCCAGUCUGUUCCCUGCUGCUGCUGACCCAGGUGGCAGAGAGCCCAGGAGCUCCCAGCCAGCAGACCAUGGCUGGGCCUGGGAUGUCCGCCAGCGCCUUGCUGCCCAGCUCCGAGAGACGGGGAGGCCUGAUCCCCAGCACCUGGACGCGCUCGUGGCAGAGCUGGUCGCUGUGUUUGCGAAGGUGCUGCAGAGGAGCAGCCGAAGUGCCUGGCUGCACCUGCUGGAUGUCCUGCAGCUCCUCAGCCCCUUCCGGGAGCAGCUGCGUUGCCGGGAGGAACUGCUGCCCUACCUGGAGAGCCUCUGUUACCAGUACCGCCGCAGUCAGGCCCUCGUGUCUGACCUAGAUGUCCUGGGAGCCGUGGGCCAGGCCUUCCCCAGGGACCACUCAGAGCUGUGUGCCCAUCCACUUGCUGCACACGGCAGGGAUCCAGUGCUCCCAGCCAAUCUGCUCCCUGUUGGCUCCGAGCCAGCCUUCGCAGGGCAGCCCUGCCCCUUUGUCCUAGAGCAGGAGGUCGAAGAACCAGCAGCCGUGUGCCAGCCAGGCCCAGUGUCUUUGCAGGAGCUGCAGAGAUGUGUGGGUCUGGUGGGCAUGGAGCUGGCUCAGGACGAGACCCAGUGGAAAAGCGGCCUGGGCCUCAUGUCCCUCGCCCUUGGUACAGAGGUGCCUGUGAAGUAUUGCUGUGCCGAGCUGAGGCUCCUUCCAGACCCAGGCCGAGAGGCUGCUGCACCCGCCCCACAGGUGGUGGAAGGAGAGCAGGGCUUCUCCUGGCAGUCCCUGACAGGGCUCCAGGCUGCUGAGAUUUUUGUGAGGAACAGGCACCUGAGGAAAAUCAACUUUGUCUACCUCAACAUUGCCCCCAACAGGCACUUCAGGCCCUACGACCUGGUUGUGGUUCCUAAGCGCCAGGCCAACCCCCAGCACUAUGUCUUCUCCCCUUUUGGGGUACUCCAUGUGCACCCUGAAGAAGGUGCUGAGGCCCUGACACUUGGAGAGUGGCACCGAGAGGCCACGCUGUGGCAGCUACUCCAGUGCAUCCCCUUCUUCAAGCACUGCCUCGUCCGCAAAGCCUUUGCCCGCUGGUGGCAGAAUGUGAAGCACCUGCAGCUGCUGAGACGCCAGGAAGCUCUGGGCAGGCACCUGCUCCUGGCUGUGCCCCACUUUGGAGCAGCACUGCUCCACGUCUCCAGACUCCUGCAGGAGCUAAGAUCUGUACACUGGCUGCCCCAGGAUGACUCCAAAUGCUACCCCUUCCCGGAGCUACAGCGGGCCCUGGCCCAAGAGAACGGCCGUGCCCGAGGCCUGCUCAGGAGGUUCCUCACCCUCUCCUCAGCCAUUCUCGAGCUGGUGCGGGAUGACACAUACAAGACAGUGCACGGGCUGCAGACCCAAGUGCAGAGCUACAAGCUCUACAUCACCAAGGAGUCCCUGUAUAAGCAGAGAGUCCACUACAGGGACCUGGAGAGGAGGCUGAAGGAAGCCGAGUUCUGGAUGCAGAGGCUGGGCAGCCUGGCCCAGCUGGUGAACCUCCUGACCUGCCAGAACCUGGUCUCCAUCGUGCAGGAGGAGGUCACAGCGUUCGUCAGCAACGUCAUGAAGGCCAAUGGUACCAUGAGGAAGGCUGUCCUCCGAGUGCACCUGGUGUUUGACGCUGACAGCCAACUGGUCCCCUUUCCCUCCAGUCAGGUGUUGGAAACCAGCCUGCUGGGGGCCCUGGAGGCCGUGGUGGAAUCUGUACUGCAGGUGACCCGCACCAGGAAAGAGAAGCCAGUGACCCAACCUGAGCAGAGUCCUGGAGAGACAGAGACUUCCAGAAGUCAGGACUUGGCGAUGGUGCUGUGCAAUCCCCAGCCAAGUGCCCUUCGAGAGGCAGACAAAGGAGGCCCUGAGGCCCUGGCCCCCCAGUCCCCUGAGGAGCUGCUCCAGAGUCUGCCUGCUGAGGUGCUCUGUGGCCAGCAGCCACAGCUGGUGCACCAUCUGGAUCUGAAGGGCAUCGGGGGCCUGGAGGUGAGUGGGCACCGGCUGAGGAGCCAGUACCCAGUGCCGUCGAGGGAGCAACUGGAGCAGGACCUGCGCUCGGACAGCAGUAUCCAGGGGGCCCUGGCCAGCCAGCGGGCUUUGCUGGCGGAGGCACUGAGUGAGACCCAGGAGAUCUGCAAGCAGCACACGUGGGUGGCAGAGAUCCACAGCUUUGCUCACAGCUGGAGCCCCAAGCAGCUGGAGCUGAUGAAGGGCUGGCCCGCGGGCAAAUAUGUGCAGCGAGUCGUACAGCUGCGAGCCUGGGCAGAACGUGUCAGAGAGGUGCCCUCCAUGGUCAUCACCUGCAACCGGCUCCUCUUGGUGGAUUGCAGCAGCGUGCAGCAGGAGAUUG